AUGGAAAACACAAAAAAGUCUGGGGAAAAUGAUAAAAAUAGAACGAGCAGCGAUGGUGGCAAGAAUAAGACAAAAUAUACAAAUUCAAAUGACGAUUCUCCUGAUGAGAAUAAAACUAGCUCCUCGAAUGUAAAUAAAAAUAAGACAAUAAUUACUAAAAAGAGCUUUUUAUCAAAUGUGUUAAUAGAUACAGAAAGCAGCAAAAGCGAAAUAGAUACAGAACAUGUAGGUUGUAUUAAAAAAAAGAAUAGUGUAUUCCAAGAUUUAGAUAUGGAUGAAAAGCUUUGCAUGAAUAAAAUAAGAAAAAAAAGUACUAAAUUUACAAUUAUAGACAAAUUAGGUAAUUCUAGUAACGCAAAAUGGAAUGAAUUAUCAAUAGAAAAAAAUAAAUCAGAUAAACAGGAUAGCAAUCUGUGUGAUGAAGACAUAGUGUCAGAAACAUAUAACUCUCAAAACACAUAUACCGAUAAAAAAAUGGAAAAUGACAACCAAAAUGAUAUAAGAAAUGAUAAUAGUUCAAUAAAUUGGAAUAACACUAGUUUAAAUACUGAAAGUAACUCAGAUUUUUCAAAUGUAGAAGUGAAAAUACUAAGUAAUAAAGAAGAUGCUGAUGAAACCAAAAUGACAGAAGAAUAUUCUGAUAAAAUGUCCAGUUGUAAAAGUAAAAAUGGAAGCACUGAAUAUAAAAAAAUGUUAAAUAGCAUGAAAGAGAAUAAAUUACAAGAAAUAAAUAUAGAUCAUAAUGUAGAAGGGAAAAGAAAUGAUAACUUCUUUUCGAAAACAAAAAAUUCUGCAAGUCUUAUAAAAAAUGUUGAAGAAAACAAUUUAGUUAGUAUAAAAAUAGGAGGAAAUCAAGAUAAUAGACCAUUAAUGAUGUAUGGAAUAAAAAGGGAAAGCACAUAUGACAAAAAUGCAAAGAAGUUUAGUAUUUUGAAAAAUUAUGUUCAUAGCAAUAGAAAUACAAAUGCGAAUGUUUUUUUGUAUUCAUCCAGUAAAUCCCUUGUACCACCUAAAUUAUCUAAUGGGUGUAUAAAAAUUAAAAAUGACAAAAAAAAUAUUAUUAAUACUUGCAAAAAUGUGAUGAAAACUUUUCAUAACUUCUUCUGUGAAAUAUGGAAAAGAAAUAUGACAAUAAAAAAGAGGUUUUGUACAUCUAGUAGUAAAAAUGGAUUAAGUCCAUUUAAAAGUACAUUCACAGAUAAUAAUUUAAAUCAAUCUAAUGAUAAUGAGUUAAUCACGCAAAUUCCUUUAAAAUUUAAAGACGAAACUAUGGAAACGUUAUAUGUAUUAAAUUUAAAUAACUGGAUUUCGUCAAGGAUGAUCAUAAUAGGAAUGAUUAUGUUGAUUUUAUGUUUUUUUAUAUGGAUAUUAUUUUCUUGGUCCUUUAAAUCAGGCGCAUGGGAAAAAGGUAGUUAUAUUGUAUUACUAUUUCAUGCCUUAAUGGUUAUAAAUACGAUUAUUUUACUAUUUUUUAUAAUUGUUGGAGUGACUAAGUUCAGUAAAUAUGCAGAAGUUAUAUCAUAUAUCCUUUUUGGCAUUAUGGUCGGUAUGUGGGGAUUAUGGAACAUAGCAACCAGUCUGACAUUAAAUGAUAACCUCACUUCAAAAGUAAUACCUGUCUUGUCUUUAUCAGUUGAAACGAUGUAUGCCCUUACCUAUAUUUACGGAUUGCUUCCGCUAGUAAUCAUGGAUGUGUUCUUUCCAUCCAGGACAAAAUAUAACUGGUUUAUUCACUUGCUAUUUAUCGUGCUAAACUCUACUAGUAUUAUAUUAGUUGGAGCCAGAAACCCAGAAUUUGUCCCUUCAGUGAUUGUGGUUUUUCGAGUUAUAGCAUACGCAACCUUGUGUUUGUUUCUGUACAUUGGUUGUUACACCUCGGAAUUACAUAUGCGCUACGUUUUCUACAAUUUAUUGAUAACCGACUACAAAUUAGACAAGGUGGAAUCAGACAUGAAUAAAAAUAACAACAAAAAUAAUAAAAAAUUUUCAACUGCAAUAGAAGAUUUAAUUCUGAUGGUCAAAGAGUGCACGAAAGUUAUUUUAGAAUUAGAAAACGAAAACGACGUAAAUUUUAAUGUUCAUAGUAAGACGACUUAUUGCACAAAUAUCCUGGAGCAGUGCUUGUCUACACUAACAAAAUCUGAUAAUCUUUACAAUAUUGACUAUGAUGCUUUCGAUAAAUUCGAAAACAAGAAAUUUAUAGAAGCAUAUGUCAGCAAAAGUCAGAGCAAUUUCUUCGGGGAUCAAGAUGAAGGAGUUGAUUUUAAAAUAAACAGGUCUUUUUCUAACAACGAUUUUAUACAUGUCCCUAAUAUAAAUGUAGACAAAAAAGAGAUUAAAAAAUCAUUAAAAGAUAUAGACAUCCCCCAUAUAACAAAUAAGAUUCAACUAAUUGAUAACAAAUCAUUGUUUGAGUGGGAUUUUAAUUGUUUAAAUUAUUUUGAAAAAUCCAAAUAUCCUUUUUUCGACAUUAACCUGUCCUUAAUGUUUACUAUUGGACACGAUAUUUCGAUAAAUUCGGUUAUAAACUUUUUGUCAUUUGUGGAGAAACAGUACAACAAUGUUCCCUACCACAAUACUACACAUGCAACGAUGGUAACGCAAAAAUUUUUCUGUUUAAGCAAAAAACUAGGACUUUAUGAUCACAUGGAAUAUAAACUAAAACUUGUCAUGUUCAUAUCCGGAAUUUGUCAUGAUAUAGGUCAUCCUGGAUAUAAUAAUUUAUUUUUUGUAAACAGUCUUCAUCCAUUAAGCGUUAUUUAUAAUGAUAUUAGUGUCUUGGAAAAUUACCAUGCAUCUAUAACCUUUAAGAUAUUACAAAUGAACGAAUGCAACCUUUUAAAAUCCUUUUCGGAAAAGGACUUUCGAUUAAUUCGAUCAUUUAUUAUUGAAUUAAUUUUGAGUACUGAUAUGAAACAUCACUUUGAAAUAAUUUCUAAAUUUCGGAUAAGAAGAGAAAGUGAAGAUUUUGAUUACAUAAAAAACAACGACGAUUUAUUAGUACUAAUAAAAAUGAUUAUAAAAAGCGCAGAUAUAUCCCAUGGAUCCGUUAAAUGGAACGAACAUUACAAAUGGUGCCAACGCGUGUUGUGUGAAUUUUAUUCUCAAGGAGAUGAAGAAUUAAAAAAUAAAAUGCCUUUAUCACCUUUAUGUGACAGAAAAAAGCACAAUGAAGUUUGCCAGUCUCAAAUCACGUUUUUGAAAUUUGUCGUUAUGCCUCUAUUUGAUGAGCUCACUUAUAUAAAUGAAAACGAAUUUAUAAAGAAUAUCUGUCUGAGGAGACUAAAUAACAAUUGCCUUAUGUGGAACAAACUUAUGGAAGAAGAAAAAAUAAUCAAGGUUUACGAUCCAACAUACGUGAAAAGAAAAGAAAAAAAUAAGAACGAAAACGAUGAAAGAAAAAAUGGUUAUAUCGAUUUGACGUUUUUUUUAAAGAAUAUUUCUGUAUGA